AUGGUGGGGAUAAAAACACACGGAAUUUACCCAAAAAAAUUUCUCUCAGCCUCCAUCUCUCACUCUCGUCUCGUCUCUCCGCCUCACGAAGUCUCCAUCUCUCACUCUCGGCUUCUCAACUCAUCUCUGCCUCACGAAGACACGCUCCAGAGUGGAGCUCUUUCUCCGCCUCGCGAAGUCACACUCCAGAGUGGAGCUUCUCUGCCUCACGAAGUCACGCUCCAGAGUGGAGCUCUUUCUCUGAUUGGAUGUUGCUGCGAAGGAGAUGAGAGGUUACUCGUGGCUGAGUUUAUGCCCCAUGAAACUCUCGCUAAGCAUCUUUUUCACUUUUUCAGUGUUGGUCCUGAGGAUGCUGCAGUUGUUGGUAAUCAACUGUCAGAAGAAGAGAAAACUACUCUUCAGACUCAACUGAGAGGAUACGAAGCAACACUGAGCAAUUCCCCAAGAGAUCCAACUGCUCUUGAGGUGAGUCAGAAACUGUUAAUGCCAGAUUAUGUUCUUUUGUGA